GAAAAGAAAAGAGUUAAAUGAACGUGUUAUACAUUUAAUUUGCAUGUUAAUGUUCUGUUAUCGAGAUGUUCAAUGUAACAAAUAUGCAUUAUAAUGAACGCGUCUCGUGGCCUGACUGUGUUAAUCUCAAUGCAAUUCCAUUCAAUAUGAACAAAACAAACGAAUCAUGUCAAUUGUAUUAAACUCGCUAUCUAUUGCACAGACAUGGUAACACAUGCUGUUUUACAUCUGACGCAUACGAUUCGCGAUGUGUUCAAAAAGCAUGUGCAUUCAGUUUGUUUUGGGCAUUCGUUGAAUGUACAAGCUAAUCGCAGAGCUGCUUUUACUGAAAAUUUUUUAUUUACUUUCCUUCGGCAACGACUUACUUUUAAAAAAAUUCUUUCUUCAUCAUUUAUAAUUGAAAUUAUUCGCGCAUAAAGAAAAAAAAACGGAAUUUGUUGGGUUGUUUAUUGCCGUUGCAAAAAUUGAAAUAAGAAAAUAGUGUGAAUAUGUUUCGAUAAAUUUGGCAAACGGUGUGAUAAGUAGAUUCCUCUUUGUCACUUUAAUUUGUCUAUUAUUUAAACAAAAAUUGUUCUGUGUAAAAUUCGAAUUCAAGUGGACACGUACAAUAAUGACCAUAAAUCACAAAAUUCAAAAUGUACUGAUGCGUUUAAGGUCUUUUCAAUUGUUAUUUAUUUGGUGUAUUUGUUUGAUACUCUUUGUGCAUACUGAUUCACAUCAACGAGAUUUUGGUGAUAUUACAACGGCACGCGGUCUAUACUAUACAUUCGGAUUAAAAACGACCAAAGAUAAUGUGGCAACCAAAAAUUAUCGUAACUAUGCCGAUCGAUCGCAUCGCUAUACAAUCGCCCAAUUAAAGAAUCAAAUUAAAUUCGUUUUAAAUUUGGGUGUGCACACAAAAAAUGAAUCAAUUGACAAAUACAUUUAUGAAUCAUUUAAUGUCUUCAAUCCGGAUCCGGUGUAUGUGUUUGUAUUGCCAUCAAGUGGCGAUUCAAAUCGAACAUUAGUCUUUCGUCGCAGUAAUUUUUCGGACAUUUCAUUUCCAAAUACCACGUCAUUGCAAACGAUACAGAAAAUUUUAAAAUCAUCAAAAUACGCACAUCUAUUUCCAAGCACCGAUGACAUUGCAUCCAAACAAUUGGCACUAGGUGAUAAAUUUUUUACCAACUAUAAGCAAUUUAUGUCCAGCGAAAGUGAUCUCCAUGAAGCGGAAAGUUUAAAAAUUGUCGAAGAAAAUGUACGAACCGAAAAGAAUUUUUUCAAAUUUAUGGAUAGAUUAAAUGAAGAGAGGGCCAGCGAUUUGAGUGACAGCGAUGAGUCGGCAUCGAUAGAAGAUAGCGGCGAACAAACACCAUUGGAAACGAAAUACGUGUCAAAUGAUUACCGUCAUGGUUUUAUCAAAGAGAUUCAUUCGAAAGAUCACGUUGGCAACUACGAAUUGGCAAAAGAACAAGACUAUAGCAAAGUUGAGUGGCCAAAAAAUGAUAAACUGUCUUGGGAUGAUUUUGGGUUGCAUGGAUGGAUUGGAAAUAUAAACGAUCAACACGAAAAUCCACAAGAGAAUGGAAAACCGAUGCAGGUUGAAUUAAGCAGUUUGAGACAAGAGAAUUUAUUUCCCAACAGAUUCAUACCGAUUUUAAGUAACUACGACCCAUUGGCAUUACUAACAACGACCACGACAACCUUUAAACCUUAUUCACCACCCACGUACGAUAAAUUACCUCCACCUAUUCAUCAAUUUUCAUUCGUCGAACACAAUCCGGCUGGUAACUUUCAUGUUUCACCACGACCACGACCACCACCAAUUAUCCUAUCUUCUAUGCAUCAACCCACUCAGAAUCCAGUUAAACUUUUUAUACCAGCACCCUCAUAUCUACCAAUCGGGAAGAAACCAUCGCAACAACAUUCGCAUCGAAAACCAUUCAAAUUGGACGGCCCCGAAGGUACUUGGGAUGUAAGGCUGAAUAUUUCGAAAGAACUAUUAGAUCUAUUGAUAUUCGAAAAGAUAAAACUUGGCAAUUUUUCGAAUACGCUUGGCUCAAAAUCAAAAUGGGUAGUUACAACAAGUCGUCUCAAACAUCGUGACGAUGAUGUAUUUGUGGCUCGGGCCAAUAAUCCUUUUGGUCAUUCGACGAAAUGGAAAUUAAGUAUUGCAUCACAAAAUGAUAUCUCAAAAGACGAAUCAGAUGACGAUGGUCGACAAAAGCGUGACGUUCUCGAUUUGUAUUCGAUGGUGAAAUGUGCAACCGGUUGUGAUCCGCUCAUUUUCAAAGGCUAUGGAUGUUAUUGUGGAUUUCUUGGCAGUGGCAAAGCACUGGAUGGAAUUGAUCGAUGCUGUAAAAUGCAUGAUUAUUGUUAUCACGCCGCAAAUUGUCCAAAAUUCUUGGAAUAUUUUGUGCCAUAUUUGUGGAAAUGUUAUCGUGGUCGUCCUCUAUGUGCAAUCGAACACGGAGAAUGGGGUGGUAAGGGAAGUUGUUCAGCAACCUUAUGCGAAUGUGAUAGAGCUCUUUCGAAUUGCCUUCGACGCUUCUAUUGCCCGAGAAAACGAGCCGUUUGUUCGUCAUCACCUCUAAGACUCUUACAAAAUAUAUUGAUGGAUGUAUAAAAAUGUCCAACCAUUUGUAAAAUUUGU